UUCUCUCUUCGCUCCUCCUGAAACUCUCUCUCUCUCUCUCUCUCUCUUUAUUUCUUCAUCUUUGUGAUGAGAGAGUGGAAACCCUAAAAAAAAAGCCAUGUCUUUGAGAAAGGUCUUUAGGUCUCGGAAAUUCUCCAAAUCGUUCAGGGAACUGAAAGAGCAGGACGAAGAUCAGCAAGGACGUGGACGACGGAUCGUCCUCGGCAACUCGGCCGAGUUGGAUCCGGCCGCCGCCGACGGCGGUGAUUCGUCGGCGUCAUGGUCCACCAUGCUUCCGGAGCUCCUUGGGGAAAUCAUUCAGCGAGUGGAGGCUAGCGAGAACCAAUGGCCUAACCGCCGAAACGUUGUCGCUUGCGCUUGUGUCUGUAAGCGGUGGAGGGAGAUUACUAAGGAGAUCGUUCGCUCUCCUUCCCAUGGUGGCAAAAUUACUUUUCCUUCUUGCCUUAAGCAGGCUGGACCGCGUGACAGUCCUUAUCAAUGCCUUAUAAAACGGAACAAGAAGGCCUCAACGUUUUACCUAUAUCUUGCCCUUACGCCAUCAUUCACGGACAAAGGAAAGUUCCUCUUAGCAGCACGGAAAUAUAGGCAUGGUGCUCACACGGAGUAUAUAAUAUCGCUUGCUACUGAUGACAUAUCACAAGGAAGUAAUGCUUAUGUUGGAAAGUUAAGCUCGGAUUUCCUUGGAACCAAUUUUACAAUCUAUGAUAGCCUGCCACCACACAGUGGUGCCAAGCCGGCUAUCAAUAGAGCCUGCCGCCGAUUUGCAAGCAAACAAAUAAGCCCCCAAGUUCCAGCAGGCAACUUUGAGGUUGGGAGGGUCUCUUACAAGUUUAACCUUUUGAAAUCAAGAGGUCCAAGAAGGAUGGUUUGCUCACUGAAUUGCCCAUGGUCUGGUGAAACAGACCUUGAGAAAUCCCCAGAGGACUCCAAGAUGAUGAAGAAACCCGAUUAUGCUGCCUCUGGCUGCACCGUUUUGAGGAACAAAGCUCCAAGGUGGCAUGAGCACUUGCAGUGCUGGUGUCUAAAUUUCCAUGGUCGGGUUACAGUGGCGUCAGUGAAGAAUUUUCAACUGGUAGCAACAAUCGACCAAAGCCAGCCGGGAGGGAAGGGAGAUGAGGAAACAGUUCUCCUCCAGUUUGGAAAAGUGGCAGAAGAUACUUUUACCAUGGAUUAUAGGCAGCCUUUAUCAGCCUUCCAGGCAUUUGCAAUUUGCCUCACCAGCUUCGGCACCAAACUGGCUUGCGAGUAAAUAUCUGUUGCUGUUGUUAUGUUUAUUUAAGAACUGGUUCGUGUGGGAUGAUAUUUCCGUGUAAGUUCUCUUCUACAGCACUAAAGUUAAUCUCUUUUUUUUUUUGUUUUUUUCUUGGUUGAAAUUUCCUACGGUUUGGUUGGAGGAGGUGUAUGAUGUAAAUGUUGCUAUUUGUAUGAUUAUGGCAUGCCUUAAUUGUUGACAUUAUUGGUAGAUAACAAUUAUACUGAGGGCAAGCUGUGGGGUUGGUGGUUUUCGUUCUUCUUGUAAAUUUGCAAAUAACUACAAGGACGUGGAUUCCAGGUUCAAACUUCAAAGUUAGAUUUCUAGUCAUUAAAUUAUUAGAAUGGCAUGCAAGUUGUAGUUUCUUCCUCUGUUUCUCCAUUUUUGUUGGUGUAAAUUAACUUUUAAGUCUCUGUUACUUAACAUCUUUCUCUUA